UUCAUGUUGUUUCUUAUUUGUGCUUUCAGGCCACUCUCUGAUGGCAAAUGGCUAAAACCCCAAGUCUUUGGUUACACAUUGAAGGAAGCUUCCUUCUGUUGAGGAUGUUUGUUUGUCUGUACAGAACCCAGCAAAGUGUGCUUCUUAUUGAAGGAUAAAACCGUAAUUAGUGCUGGAGCAGCUGUUGUGUCGGUGCAAAAUUGAAUGCUUUUAUUUUUAUUAUCAUUCUUUCCAUGCUUGUCAUUUUGUGUCCCUCUCUUUCUCCCAUAUUUCAUAUUUUGCAAAUUAAUAUUUACCACUUUUUUUCUAACCGUCAUAUUUUAGUCACUGAAACAUCACAAAUGUCAGACCAGAAAAGGAAGUUAUGCCGAAAUGCACAAAUGCAUACCUAAUUCUUGUGUCCUAUUCCCUCUUAUUUUGCUCCACUCAUCCAUCUGUGUCUCCCCCAUCUUUCUUUAGUUCCCCUUCUGCUCCUCCACACAGCGUUGUGUUUUUUUUUUCCAAGUGAGCUCCAUUUGUUUCUCUCUCCUCCUACUCUGAAUACCAACACUGCUGUAGGGAUCUCUCACUCUGCUUUCUUUCGUCCUUUCCAUCCUUCCCUAUCUUUCCCUCCCUCCCUACUUCCAUCUCUCCCACUCUCACCCUCUUCUGUUCUGCUCUAUCUCUCCAUGCACAAAUGGUUUGCUUCACACAUUAGGGUUGCAUGCUUCAUUUUGCUCCAUAAAAGACAAUAAUUUCUUCAUAGAAUUAUUUUUUUUUUUUAAAUGUGUCAAUCUUUUCCUGGUGGCUUUUUUGCGGCUGCUUUUUCUGCACCAACUCCUGCGGAUCUGGAGCUAAAGCUGCGACCAAUAUGUUUUAUUUCCAGCUGGUCAUCAUGGCAGGGACUGUUCUGAUGGCGUACUACUUUGAAUACACGGACACGUUCCCUGUGCACGUUCAGGGCUUCUUCUGCUUUGACAAAGCCUACUCCAAGCCGUACCCUGGACCAGAGGACAACAGCAAGGCGCCGCCAGUCCUCGUCUAUUCCCUCGUCACCGCCAUCCCCACAGUCACAAUUCUCAUAGGGGAAGUGACCAGUUUCUUUGUGAAGACGGAGGGAGCGCAGGAGAAGACCAUCGUGACCGCAGACUGCUGUUACUUCAAUCCUCUCCUUCGAAGGAUUGUACGUUUUCUAGGUGUCUACUCCUUUGGUCUCUUCACUACCACCAUCUUCGCCAAUGCUGGCCAGGUGGUGACAGGAAACCAGACGCCUCACUUCCUUUCCGCCUGCAAACCCAAUUACACAGCCCUGGGCUGUCAGUCUCCUCUGCAGUACAUCACAGAACACCGUGCCUGUACAGGAAACCCCUUUCUGGUGUUGUCCGCCCGCAAAUCCUUCCCCUCUAAAGACGCUGCACUCAGCUUCUAUUCAGCCAUCUACACAGUGAUGUACGUGACUCUGGUGUUUCAGACCAAAGGGACCCGUCUGAUGAAGCCCACCUUGUGCCUGGUGCUUCUGUCUCUGGCAGUGCUUGUGGGGGUGGUUAGGGUGACCGAGCACAGAAACCACUGGAAUGACAUCCUGGCUGGAUUUGUGACGGGUGGGGCCAUCGCUGCAUUUCUGGUGUCCUGUGUGAUCAACAAUUUCCGGCCGCGCAAGACGUCUGUGUGCACACCUCCACCUCCACAGCACCCAGAGCCGACUGUGGGACUGCCGCUCCUCACCCUGCCCCGGGUGGAGAGUCCACUCGAAAAGUUAAGUGGCCUCCAGGCUCCGGGGUUACAGUAUUCUGAGAUCACAUGACCAUCAGCCAACCCUGUCCCCCAUCCCUCCCGAUGUGCUCCUCCCGUCAAGGCGUUGCCUCACCAGCGCAGUUUAGACCUGCCCACUGAAUGCCCCCAACGCUGCCCCUCCCACCGAGAAGGACGCCAGCCUCUGCGGCGGGUCAAAUCCACCCAGGUGUGAAACAUCAUCGAUCAGAGAACAGAUGCCUAAACCUUGGAGGGACAUGUGCUCCCCACUGCAGGAGGCCCUAGUUGUCCUCAAAGAUGGCCUCUGUGACCUUUUGGGUGGGAAAGACUUAAAGCCCGUUAAAGCCAGAGCUUUUAUAGCAAUACUGUGUCCUGUUAUCCUGGGCUCAACAGAGACUCCAUGGUGACUCUAAAGACUGUUGGCUGGUGAUGACUUGAUAUUUACAAUCAAAUAAAAAAAAAAAUCAGCAGAGCCUAGGGGUCUCAAGUGGAUUUUCCUCCAGGCCGUUUUGUAUUACUCAGGAAGUUCUCUAGAAGUUGUCGUCAACAAAAAAGUCCUUAUCGGGGACGCAGGUAAAGUCGAGUAUUGAGGAGCAGAUUUUUUUUCUGUUGUAAUAAGGAAGAAAAAAGCACUUUUGUGCAUUACAGCACAUAGGACGGUUAAAUAUUUUCUUUUUUUUAACUUUGUGAAGUAAUAGCAGAGAUUUAUACACAUUAGAGCUGUGCUUGUGAUAUUAUAAUUUACUGAGGAGUCAGUUUAUUAUCACCGUCUGAUGUUUCCCACAUUCCCAAAUGGAUUCCUUACUGUUCUGGUGUGUGUGUGUGUGUGUCAAAUGUCUGUUGGUUUGAUGUUUAUAGGGUUUGAGUUCUGGGAAGUUUUACGAUUUUUUUUCAUGCCUUUUCACACAUCUUAACUGUUAGGUCGCGACUUCCUUUGAGCUUUUUUCCUUGUUUUUAUUUUUUAUUUUUUUACAAAGAAAUGAACAUUUCCAAGCCUAAUUUGAGCUUUUAUUUAUUUUUUAAAUCUGGAAAAAUAACGUGGCCCACAGUGCAAAUCACAUCAACAAAUCAAUCUGUAAUCAAAGAUCACAACGAUAAUAAUAAAAAAAGCAAAACAAAUAUUUACAAAAACAUUACAUUUUACAAUUUCAGAAUUUAAAAAGAAAAAAAACACAUUUCGGAUAACAGAAGUAACUUCUAGCAAACAAAAUGAGAUGUUAAAAACGAAACACAAAAAGAAACUGGAAAAGAUAGGUACUGUGGGACAUCACCGGUUGGAUGAUGAGGAAAGCAGCUGAUGGCUCAGUUGACUGCGAGGGGGUGCAUGGGAAACCAGGGUUCAUUUCCCAGUGUUUUGUCCUUGGCAAAGACCCCUUGUGCUGCAUAACUAUGUAGCCACAAGGGCCCCCUUGACUGAGUCUCGGUCCCCCUGUGCCGGUCCCCAGCCCGGAUAAAAUACAGGGCUCUAUCAGGAAGGGCCUCUGGCGUAAAAAUUCUCUGCCAAACCGCCUGUGCGACUUAGUAAAAAGCUGAUUCCCUGAAGGGAAAUGCUGAAAGGUAAACAACUAAUGUAUUGGAUGAUGAGGUUUGUUCAUCAUUUCAACUGAAAGUUAUUAGGCAUGAAGCUGGAUGCCGGAUAUCAUCAUCCAAUCAGGGAUGUCUCAUAGUGCCUAUCUUUUCUGGUGUCUUACUGUGUUUUGUUUUUUAACAUUUAAUUUUAUUACUGGAAAAUAUGUGAUUUUUUUUUUUUUUUGGUUUCUGAAAUGUAGUUUUGAUUUCUAAAAUUUAAUGUUUUUGAUUAUUUGUUUUUCUUUUUUAAUUUUGAUCUUGAAAAUGUCAUCAAGUCGAGUGGUUCCUUGAUGUUAUUUGCACUUCAGGGCCACCGUACAAAAAAAACAGUUCAAAGCCACUUGUUUCAAUCUAUUUGUCUCGUCCGGUCCUGUAAAGUAACUGCAUAGACAGACUCGAGGUGAGACCUCCUCACUUGUACAGUUUUUGUACAGUAAAUAGGUUUCUUUACACAUUAUAUACAGCGUUUAUCAUUUUGUUUCAAUAGUUUAAUACCAUGAAGCCACUCUGAGCUGUGUUGUGGGAGCAAGACUACGUGUUGUGUGAAACCCAACGGUCUGUUUGUCCCACUGCUUGCUUGGUUUUUCCAAAUAACGCUUUAGAAUAUAAAACACACAAAUGUACUGAAUGGGUUAUAUAAAGAAUUUGUUGUUCUACUUUAAUUAAGCGUGUGUGUGUGUGUGCGUGUGUGUGUAUUCAUAAUGAGCACAUUGUACGGCAGCACAACUGUUCAUGUGGAAAUCUGUUUUCAAAAUAUAGAUGCUAUAAUCGCACACUUUUGCUAGUGCGUGACUACGGGCCUCAAAAGGACCCCUGCAGGGUGUCUUAACAAUGCCUGCUAUAGCAGAAGGUGCUCAUUAUAGCUUUGAGAUUGCCUACAAUAUUUUCAGUCAGACUUUUUUUUGUAACAACUGAAGAGACUGAUCUGUCCAAAAAAAACAACUGUUAUUUUCAUGUCACUGUUUUGUAUUUAUUUCCAAAAAUAAACGCUUUUGUUGAGAUGGAGAUUAAGUGCUCUGGCAGUUCCAUUAUCUUUAAGUAAGAUGUUGAAAUUAAAGCGUGUGUUUUAUCA